GCGAGGCGGGCGGAGCGGGCUCUGGCUCGAGCUGACGACGUCGCCCACGCGGAGGGACGUCCACGCGAGCAUCGGGCCGCUGGAGGACUCGGGGCAGGAGCCCGUCGAGAUCUGUGGUCCUGGCGGCCUCAGAUACGGGCAGCUGGAGUCCAGCCGUUGGGGCUGCCACGUGGUCCGCAACGGCGUCACGGUGCAGACCAUCUCGUCCUCGGGGCCCUUCCCGAACCUGAAGGUCUCUGCCAGCUGUGGCUCCACCGCGGCCGCAGCAGCACCCAGCGUGGCCGGCGCAGCCAACGGAGUCCAGGCCCUGGUGGUGCACACCUUUCCUGGCGCAGACGCGCCUCUGGCGCUGCUCUGCAUCCUGGCCGCCGUGGCCAUGUCGCCCGAGCUCCCAAAGGCGUGCGCGGCGCCCGCCUCGCGGACCGUGUCGCAGGCGCUCAGCCCGGCGGGGACAGGCACCGCCCCGGUGUCCCCCAGCAGCGGGCCGCACGGCGUGGGCAGCGUGGCGAGCACGCCCGCCAGCCGCCCGCAGCGGUGACGAGCCGUCGGUCGCGUGCUGCCAGAAGUGCCCCCCGGGGCCCACUGAGGGGCCGAGAAACCGUGCAUCCCGAGUCGGGCUGCCCGGGCCGCCGGUGACGCGCGGUGUCGCGGAGGCCCUCUGCGCGCCGCCGCGCCUCCUGCAGAGAGCUUGCGAGGCAGGGCGGGCUGCCGGGUCCUCUCGGGUUUGCCGACUUUUUGCAGACUUUUGUUGACGAGCGCGU